UUCUCUCUCAUUGAAGAUCCCUCUCUCUCUCUAUAUCUCUGUGUAUAUAUAAGUCUCCUUCUCCAGUUAUCUUCCAGUACUAGAGCCUCUCUCUCCAUAAUUAGCAUUUCUACAGUUAUAUACUGUUCUCUCUCUAUUUAGCAAAAUUCCAAGUAUUAAGGGACAAAAUGGCUUACUGUAAAUCAAUGGUGGCUUUGGUUUUUGCAUUGUUGGCUGCAAUAGCUUUAGCUCAGGCUCCAGCCGCCACGCCAAAGGCAUCUCCGGCAGCGGCUCCCGUUGCGUCUCCACCACAGGGAGGUGCUAUUCCAACUCCGGCACCAGCCUCAGCUCCUACAAGUUCAUCACCCUCUGAAUCUCCAUUGCCUUCUCCUCCUGCGCCUCCCACUCCUGGUGCACCCACCGCUACUCCUCCAUCUAUCGCCUCCGCACCCGGUGGCGCCGCUCCUAACUCCUCACCCAACGCCGCUGCUUUUAACAGAGUAUCGAUUGCUGGAUCUGCAGCUGCAGUGUUGUUCUUUGCUGCUUUUUUGCUCUAGACCUACUGAUCUAGUUCGAAAUAUUCACUUUUCCGGCAAGCAUGAAGAUUAGGGUUUUGUUACUGUUUGAUUAUUUAGUUUUACUUUUUGUGUGCUCUAUUUUUUAAAUAUUCUUUUUUAUUUGAGUUUUGCGCUUUUGUUCAUUAAAUCCAUUGGCUUGUUACACUUUACACAUUGUAGAGAUCUCUGUCUGUUGUGCUUAAAAAUAAAUUAAUGUCUAUUGCUGGAAAAGUGUUCUAUUUUAAAAGUUUUGGAUUAAAUUGCUAAUUGAGAAAUGUAAGAGGGAUCAAUCAUGCAACAUUUUGAAUUAUGAUUCUAUUA